AUGGUGGGUCCGCUUUUUGACGAUUCUCGAAAGUGGACUGAAGUUUGUUUGGCGCUUCAACGUGCUAAGUACGCUGGUGAAGUUGGAACAAUUCUUUGGAAGAAUGGUCUGUAUGAUUCGGAGUUUGGAUGCUUAUCGGAUUUUUCAGGGGGGUUUCGACAGGAAAAUGUGGAAGCGGAAUAUACACAACCAGCAGAACAACCUGGGCUCGUUGUCCAGAAACUUCAACAGUGUCAGAAGGUAUUCGACUUCUACGACCCUGUUGCUCAACUCAAAAGCAAAGAGGUGCAGCUUAUCUUUGAAAUAAAACGCGCAGCGCUGAACGAGCUGAUUGACCAUAUUACGACAGUAAAAGGCGCUAUAACGGAAUCCAUAUAUCCAGAGGUGAUUAAAAUGGUUUCUAAAAAUAUUUUCCGUGUGCUGCCGCCGUCGGACAAUUCGGAGUUCGAUCCUGAGGAGGAUGAACCUACAUUGGAGGUAUCAUGGCCUCAUUUACAGUUGGUUUAUGAGCUUUUUUUGCGGUUUCUGGAAUCACCGGACUUCCAAGCUGCAAUUGGUAAAAAGUACAUCGAUCAGCGUUUUGUGCUCAGUCUGCUAGAUCUUUUUGAUUCAGAGGAUCCACGAGAAAGGGAUUUUUUGAAGACAGUUUUGCAUCGUAUUUAUGGCAAAUUUCUUGGGCUACGCGCUUUCAUCAGGAAACAGAUUAAUAAUAUGUUUUUAUCUUUUGUAUUUGAAACCGAUUCAUUCAAUGGCGUUGGCGAAUUGUUGGAGAUUCUGGGAAGUAUCAUAAAUGGAUUUGCUCUGCCGCUGAAGCAGGAACAUAAAGUAUUUCUUGUGAAAGUGCUUCUUCCUCUCCACAAACCGCGCUGUUUAAGUCUUUAUCAUGCUCAGGUCAGUUAUCAUCAGUUAUUUUUCGGCCAUUCUUAUUAUAUGCUUUUUGCGCAUCACAACUUCAAUGUUGUUGUUGAAUCCGUUUACAAGUUCGCAAAAUCGCUUCUUGUAUCUGUCUGCAUCUGA